UGAUGUUACUUUCUAAUCGUUCUGCUUGUCACGUGACGAAUCAAAACAUCAGGAACGCCGCCCAGUGGCGCGCUGCGCUACACCUCAUGUGGACAGAUCCUGAUUAAACGCAGAACUUAUUUGUUUUAAAUGAGGUAAUUCGAUUAUUUAAUGUUUUUUAAAGUAUUCACACUUUUGAGAACUUUGAAAAUAUUCACUUCACGACACAAAUGACUUUUUACUGAUGUCUAGUAGAUUUGUGUAAGCACAAACAUCAAACAGACAUCUCCGUGAUGUGCGUGUGUGUCAUCUGCUCAGUGAUGUGUGUGUGUCAUCUGCUCAGUGAUGUGCGUGUGUGUCAUCUGCUCAGAGAUGUGCGUGUGUGUCAUCUGCUCAGCUGCAUUCACGCCAGUUUCUCUGCUCAACACAUUAUAGGAAGCUUGAAAACGGCUACUGUGAACCCCAACACACGCGUGUUAAUGUGAAUGAGGGAGUGUUUAAAGAUGGAGCCUGAGCCUGGAAACACGUGCAGACCCGUGAGGCAGAGAGAAACAUCUGAAAAUAAAACAGAUCCUGCAGCAGUGGAGUCUGUCAGACAUCUGCCACAGCGCUCAACACGUGUAGUCAAUCAGUCAAUCAGUCAUCCAGAAGCAGAAAUCUGGAGCGUCUGAAGGGGUUCUGGACACUGCAUUGAUCUGAACCACAGAGGACAGGUUAUGUCCACAGAGAAAGGGGCUCUCGAUGUCUUGAUCCAACACAACACUUCAGAACCAUUUCAGUUCAUUUCUACACUGCAAAAAUGAUCUUCUUAGAGUUUUUAAUCUUGUUUCUGGUCCAAAUUUCUAAAGAUUUCUAAAAGAUCAGACCUCCAAGGCAUUCAAGGAGGAGGAUAAAAGUUUAACAGCCUUUAUUAACAUGAAAUACUGACUUUCACAAGUGCGCUGCACAAUCCUGCUGUUUUACAGCAAUAGUCAUCUCAAUAGAGGCUUUUUCACUUAUAUUUCAGGUGGGCUGGACUGGUGAUUUUAAUAUGCUGUGCUGGUCUAGAGAAUGCUUCUUUCUUAAAGAAUUGAAAGAUAUUUGGACCAAACACAAGACAGAAACUCUAAGUAAAGCAGUUUCUGCAGAGCAUACAGUCAUGAAGUUGAUCCUCCACACGACUGACCUGGCCAUGCAAAUGCAAAUGCCAAACACACCAUCAUUAGGAGAAUUGGUUCGGGGCGGCGCAUGGCAAACAGAGCAGAUUCAGCGCCGCAGGAUCAGAUCUGUGCCAUCUGACGCUCAGGGAUUUAUGGGUUUAGUCCAAAUUGUUUUUCCCAGCGUGCAGAUUAAGCAGAGCGAGCGAGCGGAGCAGAAGCCAUGGGGUCCGGCUGCGGAGUGGGGGCUCGUCCGGGUUCCAGAGCGCUGUGAGGACCUGUGUGAGUGUGUGCACCAUGCAGAUGGAGACGGUGCUCGUUUUCUUCUGUGUGGGUCUGCUGGGCGUCUCGGGGAGAUCGGCACCAAAACCAGGACAGAAACUGGAGACCUACAAGCAGAGCAGGUUGCGGAGAGAAACCACACGUGUGGAUGGAGGAAACCACAAGUCUGGCAGCCCGAUCUUCAGAAGAAGUCCAGACAUGACGAAGUCUCCCAUGACCAAAUCAGAGCAGCUGCUGAGGAUUGAUGACCACGACUUCACCAUGAGGCCGGCAUUCGGCGGUCCGCCGAUCCCCGUGGGUGUGGAUGUGCAGGUGGAGAGUCUGGACACCAUCUCUGAGGUGGACAUGGACUUCACCAUGACUCUAUAUCUGCGGCAUUACUGGAAAGACGAGCGCCUGUCCUUCCCCAGCACCAACAACCAGAGCAUGACCUUCGACAGCCGCCUGGUCAAGAAGAUCUGGGUGCCCGACAUGUUCUUCGUCCACUCCAAAAGAUCCUUCAUCCACGACACCACAACAGACAACGUGAUGCUGCGAGUGUAUCCAGACGGAAACGUGCUCUACAGUCUCAGGGUGACGGUCACUGCGAUGUGCAACAUGGACCUGAGCCGCUUCCCUCUGGACACACAGACCUGCUCACUGGAGAUCGAGAGCUACGCAUACACUGAUGACGAUCUCAUGCUUUACUGGAAGAAAGGCAACGAGUCUCUGAACACAGACGACAGGAUCUCUCUGUCCCAGUUCUUCAUCCAGAAGUUCCACACCACCACCAAGCUGGCGUUCUACAGCAGCACAGGCUGGUAUAAUCGGCUCUACAUUCAUUUCACUCUGCGCCGACACGUCUUCUUCUUCCUGCUGCAAACGUAUUUCCCGGCGACGCUGAUGGUCAUGCUGUCCUGGGUGUCCUUCUGGAUCGACCGCAGAGCCGUUCCUGCAAGAGUUCCUCUGGGCAUCACCACGGUCCUCACCAUGUCCACCAUCAUCACCGGAGUCAACGCCUCCAUGCCCAGAGUCUCCUACAUCAAAGCGGUGGACAUCUACCUGUGGGUCAGCUUCGUCUUCGUCUUCCUCUCCGUCAUCGAGUACGCCGCCGUCAACUACCUGACCACGGUUCAGGAGCGCCGGGAGAGGAAACUCAGGAAUCAAUUGCCCUGCACGUGUGGAAUAGCGAACCCGGACGAGGACAUGAUGAUGACCACCUGCUACAGCGACGUGGACCCCAACACCACGGGCACCUACGGGCUGCCGGAGAACGGCGGGCGGCAGGAGCGGAUCCUGGCCCAGCUCAGCCUGUCCGACAGCCAGAGGAACAGCCGGGUCAAGACCACACGCGGAUACGUCAACAUCUGGAUCGACACCCACGCCAUAGACAAGUACUCGCGCGUGAUCUUUCCAGCCGCGUACUCGCUCUUCAACAUCGUGUACUGGUCCAUCUACUCAUAACCACCGGACGCCGCGCUCGCUCCGCCUUCAGGACGACACGCUGACCUUCAGGUUUCUUUGCUACUGGACUCAUCUCUGGGAGAUCUGCGUGUAAACGACUCGCUGCUCAUCAACAAUCCACUCAUGCUGGGAAAUCAGAGGACGGGUCUGGGGAAAGCGGGUCUGUUAGGGGCCGUUCACACACACGGCGGUUUCCCAUGUCAGCACACGCCUGAUGGAUGAGUGGGAUCAUUACGCUCACAUCGGGGAUGAGCGCCUCGUGUUUUAAAGGGCACCAAUGAUCUACGUCAGCUGUUUGGACAGAAGCGUGUGCAGGUAUCGUGUGUCCACCGUUAUAUUUUUAUCAUUUCCUGAUGUUAAAAUUGGAUCCCAGUGAUGUUGAAGCCCCAUGACAGGCGCAUAUGAGGAUGUGUGUGAUGUUACUGUGCUGUUUGUGUCUGUGGCUCUCCGCUUUAUUGCCUCAUUCAUUUUCUUUUCAGCUUACUCCCUUUAUUCAUCAGGGGUCACCACAGCGGAAUGAACCGCCAACUUAUCCAGCACAUAUUAUAUGCAGCAGAUGCUCUUCCAGCUGCAACCCAACACUGGAAAACACCCACACACACACACAUACAGUUUUGGGUUAGUUUAGUUGAUCGGUUCCUCUAUAGCGCAUGUGUUUGGGGUGUGGGGGAAACUGGAGGAAACCCACACCAACACGGAGAACAUGCAAACUCCACACAACCGAGACUCAAACCAAUGACCUUCUGGCUGUGAGGCGAUCGUGCUACCCACUGCGCCACCGUGACAUUUUAUCAUGUGUACCAUUUCAAGUUCUAACAGAAUCAUUAUUUAUUUUUCCCCAAAGAUUGGACUGAACGGUUUUGAAGGCUUGAGUCCUCAGAGCUGGGCUGACCUGCUGUUCAGUGUUUGAUGAUCACGGCCGAUUCACACGGGGCUUCAGCGUCAACAUUUGAUGGAGGGCGUGUUUGAAGAUGAGGCUGACAUGAUCGUCUUAGCAGCGUCAGCCAAUGAAAUUAAUCCACAAUCAGCUACUGUCUGAGCUGGGGUAUUUGCAUAAAGCGAUCUGAUUGGCUGACGCUUCCAUUGAUGCUUGAAGAGUUGAGAAAUUCCCAACUUGAAUUGGUGCUGACGGAUCCACAAUGUGAGUGUGAAUGAGUGUGUAUGGGUGUUUUCCAGUACUGGGUUGCAGCGGAAAGGGCAUCCACUGUGUAAACCAUAUA